UGGGCGCGGCGCCAUUUUUGUGGUGAUUUUGUUGUUGUUUGCCCCCCGGACUCGCCCCGUGGAGCGGCCAUGGUGAAGACCCCCAAUAGCACCCCCAAGGCCAAGGCCAAGGCGGCCUCCUCCGGCGCCGGCGGCGCUGCCAGGCCGUCCCCGGCGAGCGCUUCCGGCUCUGGUUCAGCGAAGGCGUCGAAGUUUAAGAAACGGAAAGCCAUUGGCGCCGGCGCAAAGGUCGCGGCCCCUGCUGUGGCAGCGGCCGAUGGGUCGACCUCCGCGGGCGCUGCCGGCAGGGACGAACCUGCCCCUGCGUCUGUGCCGAAACCGUCCACUCCUUCUGGUGCAUCGCCUGCGACAUCUUUGAAGCCAGCCACCGUAGCUGAAGGAUCAUCUGCUGCCCAGGUACUGGCACCAAAGCCAGACACCGCUGAAGAAGCAUCAGCAUCGACUCCAAAGCCAAAGCCAAAGCCAAAGCCAAAGCAGGCUGAUGCUGCAGCUGCCACCAGCAAUGGGGCGGGUGCUAGCGGUAGUAGUGGUGGUAGCAAGAAGAAUAGGAAGGGGCAUAAGGAGAGGCUUAUGGCUUGGAAGGGAAAGGGGAAGCAGGAGGAGGCACAGGGGAAUACGAAGGGGAUGGGGAAGGAGGAGGGGGGGACCAAGAAAGAAGGGGGUGGUGAUAGCAGGGGAGGAGGGCUUAUCUUCAUGUGCAAUGCACAGACUAAGCCGGAGUGCUUCCAGAACCGCGUGUUUGGCAUGCCUAUGGGGAAGAAGGAGAUGGUGGAGAAGGUCCGACCAGGGACAAAGGUAUUCCUGUAUGAUUUUGACUUGAGGCUGCUAUAUGGAGUGUACAAGGCGACAUCAAAGGGCGGGAUAAACCUUAUCAGAAAUGCAUUUAACGGGAAGUUUCCUGCUCAGGUGAAAUUUACAACUGAUAAAGAUUGCCUUCCUCUUCCUGAGAGUACUUUCAAGCAUGCCAUCAAAGAGAACUACAGUGCAAGCCGCAAAUUCGACCCUGAGAUCACCUCUACACAAGUUCGUAGGCUGAUGGCUCUAUUCAAGCCUAUCACUGUACAGCAAUCAGCUCCAAGGGGUCAUCUAGAUGGAAGGUACCACCAUGAAGAAAGAAGGCAUCAACAUGAAGAUAGGCCACAUCCAUUGCAUGUUGAAGACAGGCGCCCGCAGGUGGUUGUACAUGUUCCUGCUCCUGAGGACUCAUAUAGGGCAACACACUAUGCUCCAUUUCCUACCGAGUCCCGACCUGGCCAAUUUUUGGUUAAUGUCCAGGAUGAUCACAGAUAUUAUCAACAAGCACCUCCUGCACCCGAGUCUCAACACAUUCCUCUUGCCCCCGAGGCUCGCCAAGUUCCUCUUGCCACAGGGCCUCACUAUGCGCCUUCUGUACCAGAGCCUCGGCAUGUCCCACUAGCGUAUUACCACCAUUUGGCUCCUUCAUCUGAUGAUUCUUACUACCGUUCUCGAGUGGAUCCAGUGCAUGAGCGCAUUGCUGCCAGAACACCUCCAAGGGAUUACGCAGCACAGCUUGGGGAGUUGGCUGCUCGUGCUGACCACAUGUCGGAUCUCUACCGAACCACUGUUCAUGAUGCUCGCCUGGAGGAUCCUUACCGCCCAGGAGAGCUUGCUGCCCGUGGUGCUCGUGUGGAGGAACUCUACCGCCCAGGAGAGAUUGCUUCUCGCGGUGAUCGUGUGGCGGAUCUCUACCAGGAUCUCUACCGCUCUGCAGAGGCUCCUUCUCGUGGUGCUCGUAUGGAGGAUCUCUACCGUCCAGGAGAGGUUGCUGCUCGCGAUGUUCGUAUGGAGGAUCCCUACCGUCAAGGAGGGAUAGAUGCUCGUGGUUCUUAUGGGGGGCUCUACCGUUCUGACCAGCUAAAUGCUCGUGCCGUAGAUCUCCCACAUUCUUAUCAGACCUCCAACCCUGCUUAUGCUGAAGCCAGUCAGAGACCUGUCCCUACAGCAAGGGCCAACGGACCAGGUGCCCCGGUUUCCUCACUCUAUUCCUUCGCUGGAGCGCCAGCAUAUCGAUGAAUUUUCUCAGCAUUUCACAUGCGGUGCCUUGGGUCGGUUGUACUGCCAGUUGUGUCGUUGGAUGUUUACUUUUUGGUUAAAAACUAUAGCUUAACUGUGAGAAGUCGGGAUGUUUUGUUCUCUUAUCUUGUAUGCUUGUUAAACUGCUUACCCGAUGAAUGGCAUUCAGGUUCAGACUAUGCUGUCCA